UGGCCACUAUGAGCCGGCUGGGCCCUUUUCUGGUUGCGCCGCGGCUGCUCCGUCGGCCGUGGGCCCUGCCGAGGCGGCCUAGCAGCGUUUCCAUAGUGACGGGACCCUGCGCGGGCCUAGCAGGGCCAGGCGCCGCCGCCUCCCUGUGCUCGGGCCCAGCGGCUCCGAGCCUGGCCAUGGAGGAGCUGCUGAGCCGCUCCGUGCCCCCGCUGCCCCCCUACGAGACGAGGGAGAAGGCGCCGCCGCCGGCCGAGCUCCGCAGCGCGGAGUUCAUGCGCUCCUACAGGGCCCUGGAGGCCGGGCCCCCGCGGGCGGAGCUGCUGACCCGCCUGGCCCAGGACUUCGGCGUGGACCACGGACGGGUGGCCGAGUUCAGCGCCAAGGUGCUGCAGGCCCGGGAGCAGCAGAGGGAGCCGGGCGCCCUGCUCCAGGCCGAGGACCGGCUCCGUUACUACCUCUGCCCCCGCUACCGGGGCCUCUUCCAGCACUUGGGCCGGCUGGAGGGCGGGCUCCGCUUCCUGAUGGAGCUCAGGGGUGACCUGGUGGAGGCGCUGGCGGCGCGGCAUGCAGAGGGGCCGCACGUCAGGGAAAUGAAUGGCGUGCUAAGGAGCAUGCUUUCGGAAUGGUUUUCUACCGGAUUCCUAAGCCUGGAGCGAGUCACCUGGCAGUCACCUUGUGAAGUGCUUCAGAAGAUUAGUGACUCUGAAGCAGUGCAUCCUGUCAGAAACUGGAUUGAUAUGAAGCGCCGAGUUGGAUCAUAUAGAAGGUGCUACUUUUUUGCCCACUGUGCAAUCCCCGGGGAACCAUUGAUAGUCUUGCAUGUAGCACUAACCAAGGAAAUCUCCAGCAGCAUCCAGGCCAUAGUGAAAGAGGUUCCCCCUCUGGAAAAGGAAGAUAUGAACAAAAUUACUACAGCCAUUUUCUAUUCAAUCAGUUUGACUCAGCAGGGACUUCAGGGUGUAGAACUGGGGACUCACCUCAUCAAACGAGUUGUUAAAGAACUACAGGGGGAAUUUCCUCAGAUCAAAGUGUUUUCUAGUCUGUCACCUAUCCCAGGAUUCACCAAGUGGCUCAUUGGACUUCUGACCUCACAAACAAAGGAACAAGGGAGAAAUGAACUAUUUACAGAUGCAGAAUGCCAAGAAAUCUCUGAGAUCACAGGGGACCCUGCUGCUGAAAAGCUAAAGAGGCUCUUAACUAACAAUGAAUGGGUGAGAUCAGAAAGAUUGGUCGAAGCAUUGCAUUCACCAUUUAUGAGGCUCUGUGCUUGGUACCUGUAUGGAGAGAAACACCGUGGAUAUGCCCUUAAUCCAGUAGCAAACUUUCAUCUUCAGAAUGGUGCUGUACUGUGGCGGAUAAAUUGGAUGGCAGACACAAGCCCCCGUGGGAUCACUGCUUCAUGUGGCAUGAUGGUAAACUAUCGGUAUUUCUUAGAGGACACAGCCAGUAACAGUGCAGGAUACCUUGGGACAAAGCACAUCAAAGCCUCAGAGCAGAUUCUUUCCUUGGUGUCUCAAUUUCAGCAAAAUAGCAAACUUUAAAUAUACAAGAAGAUUUUAAGAGUGAGCAUUUCUCAUUUGAAUGAAGGGCUAUGAUAUCUUGGGAUGUCCUUAUUGAAAAGUGAAUGUUUGUAAUAAAACAAUGAGCUCUGUUCUUAGUCACAGCAGGAUGCAAAAUUACAUUAUCUGCCAAAAUUACUAUAACUUUCUUUCUUGCACUGCCAGAUACUCAAAGUCUGAUACAGUAUGGUUGAAUUAUUGCGAUACUUUAUAUUCAAAUGAGCUGGAAGUGUGUAUUAAAGGCUGUGUAAACUCAUCUCAGUAAGGUUACAAGCCAGGGGUGACUUGCGUGGACUGUUCUGUGCCCCUGUUGUCGUUCUCAGGAUCAAUAUAGUUGUUUAAGCUACAUCUUCAAAAGCACAGAGGAACUCCUCAGUACACUAAUAUAUUAAAUAGAUAAAAGCAAUGUGCGAAGACAAUUUUUUAUUCAAUAUAUAUAAGCUCAAGAGCAAUCUGCAGCAUUUCUUCACUAAGGUCUUUGUGUUAUUUAUUCCUGACAUUUUUUGGUAAAACCUCUUGAUUUGGCCAUUCUUUUGCUUUUUCAAAGUAAAGUACAAAGUGCCAACACUAACUCAUUGCUCUGAUCGAGCAACAAGAUACCUUGUAUUUCUGUGGCUUUUUCUCAAGGCAGUAGGUAUGUGCAACAGUGUAUUUGCAGAUUGCUAUAGCUCAUAUUUACAGUUCAAAAAGUAAAAUCAGUGGCUCUAAAUAAGAGAAGAGAGUCUGUUGCUUAUAGGACUUAAUUAUGAAGCUUUAGGAGAUAUAUAAUAUCUCCAUAAAUUAUAUUGGACAUUUUAGAAAUUGGACUUUAAUAAGCUUUUUAUUUAUUUAUUUAUUUAAUAGUAAAAAGCCAGGUUUGGUCUUUAAAGCAAUAAAUUAAAAUAAGUCCCUAUAAACGUUACAUGAUAUCUCUCUCAAAAUGUACCAUAUUCGGGUUAGUCACACUUGAUGUUAGUGUCUCCAGUGAAAUAAGAUCUCUGACUUCAAUGGAUCAGAUAUCAGCAGAUUUGGAGUGCAGAAUUCUUGGCUUCUUCAGUGUAUAAUGAAAUCCUGACCAAAUUCCUGAGAGAAUUACACAAACAUUUCUAUUUCCCUAUGCAAGUAAAGGUGAAGGGAUCCCUAAGUGUCCAGAUGUACCAUUUCAUUCCAGGAGGAAGGACAAUCAAACAAAUUGUGUGUGUUCACUAAACAGAAAUCUUCCCACCUACUGAGUGGCCUGUUUUAAAUAUCUGCUAAAGAGAUUAAAUGUUCCCUGUCUUCAGCUGAUGGCAGAUUUCUCAGUGAGAUGAUGUAGCUGGAUGCACUACACACUAUUCCCUUCAGAACAAAGUCAUUUUUACAUAGCAGCUGGUCUUCACAUUAGCAAUGGCAACUAGCCUAGCCAUGCUGCUUUCAUUAUAGUUUUAAGAAUGGUUCCAAAAGCCAUCACAUCUAGUGAGCAAGUAUCUCUUUUAUGUCAACAAAUUAAGGCAAACCCAUGGGUUUUGAUCAGAUACCAGUAAAAAAAAAUUACUGCCAGCGUCUUGUGGGGGAGGAAUCUUGUAUUGCCAACUUUUUAAAGGAAAAUUAAGAGUCUCUUUGCUCAACUUGAAUUGUAGUUUUUGUGAAAAUGCCAGAGGGCAAUACAGUACAUGCCAAAAGAUAACUUUUUCACUGCCUCUGAAUAACAUUGCACAUGAGCCAAAAAGACACUGUAAAGUUUUUGAGAAGAGAUCAGUAAAUUCUUCAGUUUGCCUCUGCAUUUCCCACUUAUGGAAUUAAGUACUCAAACUUCUGGAAUCUCCUGGUGUGAGCAGGGUCCUCUGGACACUGUCCUUUGUUUGGGCAGUGGUGGGAAAGCAGCUCAGCCUAAUCAAUCAGUCAGCGGCCUAGAAUAAAGGUAACUGCCAAUGAGACAAGAAAACAGUUAUUUUAUUUCUAAAACUGGUGCAUCACUGAUUGGGGUGAGGACUGGGGUACUGUGAUUUUUUUCUAAUACCUGAGAGCAGACAGUCCCCACUGUGUACCAACUUAACUGGUGAGUGUAAACGGCGGGCUUGUGUACACGUGAAGGUUAAUGUGGAAUAAGGUUAGGUGUGAAUUUAAAGUGAAUUACCUAUUCCUGUUUAACUCCAUUUGUGGAAACUUUUAUUCCAUAAUAACAGCGCCUUAUUCCAAAUUAGCUUAAUCUACUUUAAACUAACUUGGAAUAAGGCAUUCUUAUUUUGGAUUAAGAGAGUCCACACGGAGUUGAUCAGGAAGAGCUAUUCUGGAAUAACUCCUGAUGUGUGGUGGUUAGACUGCACUUGCCUUUAUGCCCUCAGUUAAGGGAUCACAGGCAUGCAGGGCACAUGUGUUGCCCCAGUGGACACUGCCAGCUAAAAGACCAUGAGAGGGAUCCACAUGGAAAAAGUAUCUCAAACCAGAGUUACUGUUAGGAGUGACCUGCUGUUCCCUAGGUUUUUCAGACCUGCUCAUCACCCAUUAAGAUCAAUGGGAGCUGCUGGGUGCUCAGCAGGUCUGAAAAAUCUAGUCUCUUAUUUAUGUGGCUAAAAAAAGAGCAGUUGGGUACUGAACUCUUUUUUGAAAAUUUGGCUGACCCCCCCCCCCCACCACACACACACACACACUGAAAUCAGUAGGAGUUGAGGCUUCUGCACCUUACACCAAAAGGUAUUAUAAACAGGGGCUUAAUCCUGCUGUUAUUGAAGACCAUGACAGGUGCAGGACUGGGACUUCACAGGAUAAACGUAGUCCCUCUGGAACCCAUUAAUAUCAGAUAUGAAUGACAACACAUUUACUUCUUGAUGUAUUUUCACAGUGCAGAGUGCACUCAGUCCUUUCUAGUCCAUCAUUGCUUCAGCUUGUCUAAAUUGCCUGUCGAUGGCUCUUGGAGUAAAUUUCAGCAUUUGCUAUGUAUAAAAUGUCAGUUUUGCUUAAAGGGAGGAUAUUAUCCAUGUUUAAAGACUCUCAAGGACUUAAGAGUUUAAAAAUCUGCUAAAUGAAUUCAGCCAGACCUUGCACUGGAGUGACACCCAUUAGUGUUGCCGUAGUGAAUAGUCAAUUGCACCUUCGGUGUUAAUACCCCAGUUUUCUAGGGAUUCUAGCAGGACCAUUUUGAACUUUCAUCCUUCUGAAACUUGGUGUGCAAAUUCUCAACCUGAAACAGAUUUUUUUUCAUUUAAAAAAUAACCUCAUUUUUAGACUUAGAGCAAAAAAGGAGUUUAAAUAUUUUCUCUAAGGAAAAACAGCUUAAAUUUAAGAACUUGAAAUUUUUUAAGCAUAUAUUCCCAAGAGGCACUUAUUCAUCUGAAGUUACACUGGCUAAGAUAAGAAUUAUGAGUAUUUACAAAGGAUAGUGCCAGGGAAUAAGCUGAUGACUUACUGGGAUGAGGAAGAAAUCUCCCUUUUCGAAUAGGUGCACUGUAGAAGUUUUAUUAAAAGUCCCCUUGAUUUGACAAUAGUUUUGAUACCAGACUAGAUGGAUGAAUGAUCUGACUUGGUAUGACUUUUAUCAUUUUCAUGCUAUGGGUAGACCGGUGCCUUUUAAAAUUUAAAGACUAAAUAAACAAAAACUGUCAUUUUCUGUUUUUCUGUAACAACAUGAAGGAAAAAAAAAGACCCAUUUUAAAUAAGGAUCUGAUUUUCAAUGGUGCUUUCCUAGCAGAUGCACCUGCAGUUGCAACUGAUAUAAUGAAACACCAUUGCAGGUACAGGCAUUAAUAUCUAUACUGCCUGCCCAUAUGGCAAUAGUGGUAGGAAAGUGCCCUUGAAAGUACCUGCAAGUUCAUGGUUGCCCACCAGGAUCUAAAUAUCAGGCCUAAAGUUGUAGCAUAAAAUUGUGACCAGAGUAAGAAAAAGAUGAGUAAAAAGUACGUUCCCAUUUCUGUGUUUUCCCUAUUAUUUCUAGAACGCUGCAGCCUGUUUUGUGUGUAACAUCGUUAAAUAUUAUCUUUACAUGGAGCCCUGAGGGGGAACAUGUGUACAUAACAGUUGUGUGGGUGCUGAACUUUCCAUGGCUGCUGUCAAAAGAGUGCUUAGUCUGAUAGUCACUUAGGAAAACCUUUUUCAGCAAACACAUUACUGCUGGGCAUGACACUUUUGUUUUCAACAGAGAUCAGAAGCUAGGUGUAUUUAUUUUUCCCUUCUCCAGAGUUUAGAAAGUACAAUUUAAUUGGUAUACUCCUGGUUUUAAGAUGAAAUUCAGUUUUGUGUAUGAAGAAAUACAGCUGUUUGUGAAGGAAAAACCCUAUAUUUGUUCUCUAAAAUGCCUCUGGUUUGAUGAAGUCAAAUAAGAGACUUCUGUUAAAGAUAACAGAGAUUUUGAGUGAUGCAACAGGCUGAUCUAAAUCAGGCUUAUAAAGUGUGGAUUCUAACACCUAGACAGAGUUUAAAUGCCUCCAUGGUCUGUCUGUUGGGAGAUCAUAAGCAAAGAUUUUUAGCAUCACAUUGGAGGUGCAUUAUAUGGAUGUAUUUUCUAUAUGACAUCUGUUCUCCAUAAGCCCUCAAGCACCUGCAAAAGUAUUUCACUUCAUCAGUUCGCUUUUUGGUUCACUUCAUCUGUUACACCAGUAAUCUAACAAAUUAGGCUAAAUAUUCUGUCAUUUAAUUGUGCAUCAGAAAUGUAGUUCAAUUUUAAAAGAACGUUUGUGAAAGGAUUGUUGAGGGUGAAGUCUUUGGUCAUUACUGCCACUGGCUGUUUAUUCCCAUGAGUUUUCUUUCAUUGGUUGUUGGCCUUAAAAUGACCAUCAGAGCUUGGACUGUCCAGCUUACCCAUAAAAGUUGCUUUAAAAUGAACAAUGCUGUAAGUGGAAAAGAAAUGCUCACCAUAUGUACUAGUUACUGGGGCAAUGGGCAUCUCAUUGGAGAGGUUUUAUUCCAGUCUUUUGAAAUGCAGCUUCAUUGCUCAAAAUGCAGGGAUAAUGCCUCCCCUCUCCCAGUUUGCGGAGUUGGUGAAGCCUAUUCUGAAGAGCACACACAUAACACAGAGGAGGUGGUAAUAGUGUAUAACACAGCAAAACUUGGGUCUUCUUCCAGUGUUUGUCUGACACCGAGCAGGGCACAGUUAUAGUUUAGAAUGUAAAAGGUAAAUUUGCAGUACAGCGCCUCAACGGGAUGACUCCCAUUUGCUUUUGUCAGUUUCAGCUAGCUGCUGAACGAUGAUGCUUUUUUAAUGAUAAUCUAGAAAAUAUUCAAAAUAGAAAAAUGUAUUAUGUAGCCAUCAUAAAGGCAAAUUUCUAUUGACAUUAAAAUGCUAUUGUAAAAUCUAUAAAUGACUGAGACCCCCUCCCCCUCAAUAUGAAAAGUAAUUAACACUCUGGCUUCUUUCUCCUUCUUUGGUCCCAAGCUGAGGAGUUUUCAUGUGCUAUCCUUUUCUGAUAGCCUUUUAUCAUUAUAAAACUCUCAUUGGGCCGAAGAUUUAAACACAUGCUGAACCCUCUGACACAACACCAUCUGGCUAGAGAAUAACACCAAGGCACCAAAGGGCUAAAUUCAAUUAAUUGGUAGUGUCAUCUCUACACAUUCAAUCCGUGGCUUCUCUGUGAAGGGGCCAGAUCCUGUUGUCUAGUCAGGGCCAGAGAAAGGUGUGUGCAGGUAGAGGGAGGGCAGAAAGGGAGAGGCAAAGUGUCAUUGUCAUAAACAGAUAAGGAAAGUUAAUAGCACAGAAGUACUUUAUAUCUCUUUGACUGUAAAGGGUUAACAAGAACAGUGAGCCUGGCUAUCACCUGACCAGAGGACCAAUCAGAGGACAGGAUACUUUCAAAUCUUGAGAGAGGGAAGGUUUGUGCUGUGCUGUUAGUUUUGGUGGUGGUUCACUCUGGGUGCUCAGAGGGAUCAGAUGUGCAACCAGGUUUCUCUCCAAUCUCCCUGAUGCAGUUUCUUAUAGAUCCAGAAUAGUGAGUACUAGAUAGAUAAGGGGAGUUAGGCUUAUGUUUGUUUUCUUUAUUUGCAAAUGUGUAUUUGGCUGGAAGGAGUUCAAAUUGGUAUUUUGCUGAAAAGAUUUUAAUUUGUACUUGUAUACUUAGGCUGGGAGGGUGUUCCCAGUGUCUGUAGCUGAAAGACCCAGUACCUAUUCCAUUUUUUUAAAUUUACAAAGAUAAUUUUUACUUUUUUUCUUUCUUUAAUUAAAAGCUUUUCUUGUUUGAGAA